AAUGGCUCCGAGAUCGCUGCUGUACCGGACAUGGACGCUGUGGACGCCGUAGACGCCAUCAAGGCAGCCUCCAUUGCCUUCAAGAACUGGAGCACCUUAGCUUCCAAGGAGCGAGCCGCUCUGCUCAGACGAUGGUUCGACAUCCUGGAGCUGAACACGCUGGAGAUCGCCCAAGUUAUAGCACUGGAGUCCGGAAAACCUCUCCAGGAGGCUGUAGCGGAAGUGGCUUACGGCAAUGCCUUCGUGGAGAUGUUCGCCGGGGAGGCAACAAGAAUCAUGGGAGAAACAAUGACGAGUGGUGACAAUACCAAACAGUAUUUUUACCUGAGAGAGCCGGUUGGAGUUGUCGCCCUGAUAACUCCGUGGAACUUCCCCCACACCAUGAUACUACGGAAGGCUGCAGCAGCGCUGGCCGCAGGGUGUAGCUGUGUGGUGAAGCCUGCGGAAGACACGCCUCUGACAGCGCUAGCCUUGGCCUCCACCCUUCAGCAAGCCGGCUUUCCCAAAGGGCAAGCAAACAGCAUUUCUCCCAAAGCUUGGAUGGUCUUCGAAGAUCAUCAGUCAAGAAAUGGGGCCCCAAUUGUGGAGAAGAGGGUUUCUGCAUUCUAA